AUGUACACUCUCGACGCCGAGAGGGUUUCUCCUCUCGGCCGUCGAGGUGUACACUCUCAACGGCUGAGAGGAGAAACCCUCUCGGCCGUUGAGGGUAUGUACACUCUCGACACCAAGAGGGUUUCUCCUCUCGGCCGUCGAGGUGUACACUCUCAACGGCUGAGAGGACAAACCCUCUCGGCCGUUGAGGGUAUGUACACUCUCGACACCGAGAGGGUUUCUCCUCUCGGCCGUCGAGGUGUACACUCUCAACGGCUGAGAGGACAAACCCUCUCGGCCGUUGAGGUGUGUACCUCGACCCGAGAGUUUCUCUACCUCGACGGCCGAGAGGAGAAACUCUCGGCCGUUGAGAGUGUAUACUCUCGACGGCGAGGGGAAACCCUCUCGGCGUCGAAAGUGUACAUACCCUCAACGGCCGAGAGGAGAAACCCUCUCGGUGUCGAGAGUGUACAUACCCUCAACGGCCGAGAGGAGAAACCCUCUCGGCGUCGAGAGUGUACAUACCCUCAACGGCCGAGAGGGUUUCCCCUCUUGGCCGUUGAGAAUGCGGUCUCGCGGCCGGGAGGAUGCCUCCCGGCCGCUGCCGUGGGGUGGGGGUUGAUUUGGUUUAUCGACCCCCAAACCCUGGGAGUCGACUCCCAAACCGGUCGACGGUUUUGGGGGAUCGACUCCCUAAUUUCGGGGGUUUCGGGGUUUGGGAUACCUGCUGCCUGUCAAGUAAAUGUGUUCCCAAUAGCAGUCUUUAGGGAAUCAAAAGAUAUGACAGUCCUACAAGCCUACAAAUAUAGACUAGGGUUAGGGUUAGGGGUUAGUAACCCUAACCCUAACCCUACAACCGAGAUUGAGACUGGAACCUGCGCGCCGAUAGCUGACCGCGACGGGACUGUACCGACCAGUUUCCCAUUUGCUCUGAGCAUCUUACACAAUUGUCAUGAUUUCAAGACUUACAAAUUUUAUUUAGGUUAG